AUGGCUAUUCGUAGUACUUUUAAGACACAUGUGGUUGGAUCACGAUUUCGAAGUGAAAAUUUGGAUGUUUUGGGUAUAUUGUGGAUAGUCCUGGAAGUUCUGUCACUUGCUCAAUGCUGGGGUUUUUACCACAUUUGGAGCGCCAAGACCGGCGCCGUCGAGCAUUGCGUAGAGUGCAAAAUUUUGAACCAUGCUGCCAAAUUUGUGAUUCGGGUGUUAGGGGCAAUUCCAUUCGUAGGGGGAUCGCUAGCACACACGAUGACACGCUGGCUUGUUUUUGUCAGGUCAAGAGUGUUACCAUUUAUGCUCAAAAUGAAGCAUAAUUUGGAGCAGCUUUUUAGAGCAUGCCUCAUAAACACAACUCUUCGACAUCGAAAUGUGAAAUUUAUUUUCACAGGCGAUUCUUUAGAUGUCACUGAGUCUUCGACUUCGAUAAUUAUUGCCAAUCACCGCUCCGUUAUGGAUUACGUUCUAAUAGAUUUCCUUAUCCAAGGAGAACAUGCCCCAAGUUUGCAACAGUACCUUAGCAACGCAUUUUUUAGCCAAAAAGGUAAUUCGGUGGCACCAAAGCUAAGAUUCGUGGGCUGGGGUCGUUUGACUAGUAUACCGUCUGUCAAGUUUUUUGCAAGCAUCCUUUUCAAAGACGAAAAUGCUAAGGUGAGCAGCAAUGACAUUGAACGAGUACUCAUGAGAGAGGGCAACGAAUGUUUAGCGCUAUUCCCCGAGGUUAAUGUCAUUACUUCGGAGUUACGUCUGGUACAAAGGAAGCUUGCAAAAGAAAGCUACCUGCCGCUACUCGAUAAUGUUUUAUACCCCAGGUUCAAGAAUUUCAAUUCAGCUAUCAGCUGUCUCGCCCGUCUUCAACAUGUUGAUAGAUCUCGUAAAGCUCGCUACCUGAAAAAAGCGGCUCACAAAACAACUUCCAUGGUUUCAAAAGUGCGUGUUUCCAGAGGCCAUCCUAGCACCAAACAAAUGGCUCAAGUUAACCUAUUUUUAGGCGACGAGCAUUUCAACAAUACCACAGUUACCGCAAAGCCGAAGCGAAACACUUACAAAGUACCAAUAAUUGUCAGCCCAUUUCUUUGGGAUAUUGCAAUUGUUUACUAUAUUGCAACCAAUUCUUGCCGGAAUGAACAUCUUCAUGGCCAGCAAAACAACGCUCCUACAGAUCAAAAACAUCAUUAUGAGCUCCAGCAAAUAACCCCUUCGCUAUUCCAAUUUCUAACUUGUCCAUUGGGCAACCAACCCAUUUUUGUUAGAGUGCACAUCGAAAAGGUUGCUAUUUCAGACCUCCUCAAGAUGAAUGACAGAAAGCUCGAAUCAUGGUUAGAAAAGACAUGGUUGGCCAAAGAUGAACUGAUGAAACGCAUGCAAGAUUCCGUAAGAUUAAGCUAG